AUGAAGGACAAAAAGUUAAUCGUAACAGGAGACAUUGACCUAGUUAAGGUGGUGGAAAAGCUAAGGAAGUUGUGUCAUACAGAGAUAGUAUCUGUUGGAGUAGCUAAAGAGUCUAAGAAGAAAGGAGAUAAAAAGAUAGAGAAUAUAGCUAAAAUGAUUGUGCCUGCUCCUUUGAGUUAUAACUAUGUUUAUUAUCCUCCAACUUAUUAUGUUGGAACUGUGAAAGAGUAUCCUAAUAGUGGCUGUGUCAUAUGCUAA